CAUGGCAAUCAACUUGAGCUUAUAUUAAUGCCCUCUUGUAAACGCCACUAUGUGAAAAUUUCCAAAGUCUUUAGCUGAUUCCGUUCCACUUGAACAAAUUGCAUUUAAUAUAUUUUUUCAUCUUUUUAAUAAAUCGCCAUCCUUCGCGUCGAUAGUUGUAUCUUUCUUGGCUUCUUCACUUUCCUCUGCCUCUGUUCGUCGCAAACGAUCGCCUCGAAUCCUCUCCUCCUUCCUCAAUGACUUGCAUUUCUCCCUCCCCCGGUCCCUCGAUUCAGAUCCCCUGGGGCCCAGGCGGUGACGCCGGCGGAGGCAUGGCGGCGGCCAUCGAGCGGUGCACGGCGCACGCGCUGCCGGAGCCGGUGGCCAAGCACCACGAGCACGCGGCGGGGCCGGAGCAGUGCUGCUCGGCGGUGGUGCAGGAGGUGGCGGCGCCGGCGGCGGUGGUCUGGUCGGUGCUGCGCCGCUUCGACGAGCCGCAGGCGUACAAGCACUUCGUGAAGAGCUGCCGCGUGGUGGUCGGCAACGGCGGCGUGGGCACGCUCCGUGAACUGCGCCUCGUCUCGGGGCUCCCGGCGGCCACCAGCACCGAGCGGCUCGAGAUCCUCGACGACGAGCACCACGUCCUCAGCUUCCGGGUGAUCGGCGGCGAGCACCGCCUCACCAACUACCGGUCCGUCACCACCCUCCACCCAUCAGAACCACCGACCGGCGCAGGGCAACAGGGCACGGUGGUCGUGGAGACUUACGUGGUCGACGUGCCGCCAGGGAACACCAAGGAGGACACCCGCGUCUUCCUCGACACGAUCGUCAAGUGCAACCUCCACUCCCUGGCGCGCAUCGCCGAAACCCACUGCCGCCGCGGCGACGCCACCGCCACUGCCGCUUAAUUCUCCACUGUCUCCUCUCCAUUCCUUCAUUUCCUUCCUUCCCUCAUCGUGAUAUAAAAGCUGUGCAAACACUAUCAAUUUUACAUGCCACUUUAUCAUU